GAAACUAUGUCGGCAAGAAAAAGAAAGCAAUGGCAGUCUGAUGAUAUGCGCAAAGCAAUUGAAGAUGUUAGAAGUAACAGGUUGGGCUAUUUGUCAGCUGCAAAACGUUAUAACGUUCCACGAGCAACACUUCACCGCUUGUGCAAUAAAGAAGGUUCUCCUGAUACUGUUUGCAGUACUACAUUAGGCCGAAAAACAGCUUUGCCACCGGAAUUGGAAACAGAACUAGUGAAGUAUUUGUUGAUCAUGGAUCAAAUGUAUUAUGGAUUAACCAGAAAAGAUUUGCGAUCCAUGGCUUUUCAGCUGGCUCGACGCAACAGCCUUCCACAUCCAUUUUCAUUUUUACGGGAAUCAGCUGGAAAAGACUGGUUGUAUGGUUUUAUGAAAAGGCACAAAGCUUCUUUGAGCAUUCGAAAACCAACUGGCACUUCUCUAAAUAGAGCUCUCGGUUUUAAUAAGGAAGACGUCAAUGAGUUUUUUAAUCUGCUUGAGAAACUUAUGACAGAAAAAAAUGUUCAUUGUGACAGGAUUUACAAUGUUGAUGAGACGGGGUUAUGUAUUGUACAAUCCAAAUGUCCCGAAGUUGUCUCAAAAAGAGGCAAACGACAAGUAGGUGUACUAACGGCGGCCGAGCGAGGCUCCUUAGUGACUGCAGUUUUAUGUAUGAAUGCAGCAGGACGGUUCGUGCCACCCAUGAUUAUUUUCCCUCGCAAAAAUUCAAGUGAGCAGCUUAAGAAAGGAGCUCCUCUGGGCACUUUGUUUGCGUUUCACCCCUCGGGAUGGAUUCAGACUGAGCUCUUCACUAAAUGGUUUGACCAUUUUUUGGAAAGGACAAACCCCACCAAAGACAGUCCAGUACUCCUUAUUUUAGAUGGGCAUCACACUCACAUUCGAAAUAUUGACGUAGCCAUAAAAGCCCGAGAACAUUUUGUAACAAAAUUAUGUUUGCCUCCUCAUACAUCGCAUAAAAUGCAGCCUCUGGAUAAAACACUCAUGGGUGCCCUGAAAACUUUCUACAAUGAGGAAGUAAGGCUAUUUAUGUGGGCACAUAAUAGAGCCGUAACACAUUUUGAUAUGGGCGAGUUAUUUGGAAGAGCCUAUACAAAAAUCCAGACUGCGGAGAGGUCAACAAAGGGAUUCAGUACAACUGGCAUUUACCCCUUUCAACGAGAUGUUUUCUCCGAUGAAGACUUCUUAGCCGAACAGCAAAGACAUCAUGUGCCCCAUCCUGUCACAGCAGAUUUUCCAGAAAAUAAUGAACCAGCGCUAUGUCAUUCACCAAACAUUCUCCCCAAGGAUAUCGCACCAAUACCACAACUGAAAAAAAAAAUAGGCUCGAGAGGAAGAAAACCUGGUCGUGCAAGGGUAGUAACCUCAACUCCGAAUAAAGAGGAGUUAGAGGAAUCUAUUAAUCGUUCACGUGAGAAAGUUACUAAGAGACUAGUCAAUGAAGCAGGACCAAGUUCUCUUAAACAAUCUGCGAAGAAAAAGCGAAAAGCACGUUCACCAUCAACAUCAUCUUCAUCAUUAACAUCUUCUUCAGAACCCGUUCCCGCAAACUCCUCUGAUGAAGAUGAUCUCCCCCUGUCAUCUUAUAUUAGUCCCAAGCAAUGUGCUGAUGACACGACGGAAUGUAUUUUUUGUCAAGAGAUGUUCACGAUGAGUAAAAGCAGAGAGGUAUGGGUGAAAUGUGUCAUUUGUGAUAUCUACAUUUGCGAUUUUUGCAAAUAAAAUAAAGGUCUAUCUAAUUUGUUUUAUAUUUGUUAAAUUACCU